AUGGAGUUGACAAGAGUGGCCAUCUCGGCUCUCUUUCUGCUGGUUGCAUUUGGAUCGUCUAGUGCCAAAGUUGAGGAGGAGAACCCGGAGUUCUGGAGGUCUCAGGCCCGGAAGACUUUGCAGUCAGCGUUGGACAGGAAGCUCAACACCAAUGUGGCCAAGAACAUCCUGUUUUUCCUCGGAGAUGGUAUGGGAAUCACAACCUACACGGCGGCCCGUAUCCUCAAGGGACAGCUGGAGAACCAGACAGGAGAGGAGACAGUGAUGACCAUGGACACCUUCCCUAACGUGGGACUAGCUAAGACCUACAGUGUGGACUUCCAGAUCCCAGACAGUGCAGCGACCGCCACAGCGUAUCUGUGUGGCGUGAAAACCAACCUGAACACCAUCGGAGUCAAUGCAGCGGCUCGCAACGGAGUCUGCAAGUCUCAGAAGGGCAACGAGGUCACGUCCAUCCUGAAGUGGGCCAAAGAUGCUGGCAAGUCUGUCGGCAUUGUAACAACCACGCGGGUGCAACACGCCACCCCAGCAACCAGCUACGCCCACAGCGCCAGCAGGAAGUGGUACAGUGACGCUGACAUGCCCGAUGGCGCCAAGAGGGACGGCUGCACCGACAUCGCCUCCCAGCUCCUCAAGAACACUGACAUAGAUGUGAUCAUCGGUGGUGGUAGAAAGUACAUGACCCCGAGGGGCACUAAGGACCCAGAAUACCCCAGAGAUUACUCCUCCAGGGGGAAAAGAAGAGACGGACGCAACCUCAUCGAGGAGUGGAAGAGCAUGAAAAUGGGAAAGGUCGCCCGCUACGUUUGGAAUAACACCGAUUUCAAUGCUGUUGACCCUGAAACCACUGACUACCUCAUGGCUCUGUUUGAACCUGGUGAUCUGCACUUCGAGGCGGAAAGGGACCCAAACAUGGACCCGUCCAUCGUAGAGACCACAGAAAAGGCCAUCCGCAUCCUCCAGAAAAACCCUAAAGGCUUCUUCCUGCUCGUAGAGGGUGGGCGUAUUGACCAGGCUCACCACGCUGGCCGGGCGUUCAUGGCGCUCCACGAGACGGUUGCUUUUGACUACGCCAUCGCCAAGGGCCUCGAACUCACCAAAGAGCAUGAAACUCUCACCAUCGUGAUGGCGGACCACUCCCACCCGUUUACCUUCAAUGGAUACCCAUUUCGAGGGCAGAGCAUUCUGGGUAAAUCUCCGCUGUGGGCUUCAGACUUCCUGCCUUAUACCACGCUGAUGUACGGCAACGGACCCGGACACAAGAUCAUCAACGGCACGCGUCCAGACAUCCGCAAUGUCAACACCAAAAACAAAGACUAUGUCCAGCAUGCUGCCGUCCCCACGCAGUCGGCCACCCACAGCGGGGAGGAUGUGGCGGUGCUCGCCCGCGGACCCAUGGCCCACCUCUUCCAGGGCGUCCACGAGCAGAACUACAUCGCCCACGCCAUGGCCUAUGCCUCCUGCGUGGGCGCCGACCUGAGGCACUGCUCGGGGCAAACUGAAGCACCUGUGGUUCACACCACCAUCACCGAAGACAAGAACGGAGCAGGGGCAGCUCGAAGCUCAGCAGCUCUGCUCAGUAGCCUCCUCAGUGUGCUGCUGGCUCUCACAGUGCUGAUGUAAGGUGCUUUUUCCUCAGUGAACCCUAAUGAUCUCACUCCACUUGCCACAUCAGGGAGGUCAGAGGUCAUAGAGGAGUGAGCAGGGAUUUGCUCUAGCAGGGUGGAUGUGAAGCCCUGAACCAGGUUUUGUUGCAUCUUGUUAAGACAAAGAAAAUCUGAUUAUUAAUAGUCACAAACUAAGAUAAAAAGUUUUCCUGGUCUUACAACGGCAGAAACAAGUAACUGUUUAAGUCUAAAUACAAAAUGUAUUGAUCCCAACAUAAUAAGAACCUACUGAAUGUAAAUUCAUCUUGUUUUUAAUUUGGCAGUUUAUUGAA